AUGCAGGUUUUAGCUUUGGACACGAAUCAGCAUCCUGUUGACCAGAUUGUUGACAAUGAAGACGGCGAUGACAACCACUUGUAUAUCCACUCUAUUCCAGAUGAUGGAACUAGAAACAUUCUUCUAGAAUUAGGCCACAAAAUAGAUAGCCAUUCAAUAGAAAAUGAAAAAAUAAAAAUUAUGCAGAAUUUGCAAAGGCAAUUGGACAAAAUUCAGUCCCCCACUAAAUUAGAAAUAGUAAAAAGAGUUAUGGCUCUAUUGUCACCAACACUUGCAGCAGCUAAAAACAGAGUAACGCAUGAGUUACCAAACCUUCCAAGUCGCCCUCCCAAUGCCAAAAUUUCUGCUCAGAGAAGGCUCUGGUCCACAAAGAAAAAAGCAAACAAGCCUAAUAAUUCCUUUAAAAGGCCAACAGUAAAAGAGAAAAAUGAAACAGCUAAAACUCUGAGCUUUACGCCAAUCUACAGCUCCAUCGUAUGGAGAAAUGGACCACGGCCUCCUUAUUGAGGCAAUUCAAGGUUUCCCUUAUAUUUUUGAUUUAGGGAACAAAGAAUACAAAAACAAUAAAAAAAAGCAACUGGCUUGGCAACAAAUAUCCGAGGUUGUUAAUUGUAGUGGUAGGUAAUUUUUCCAUUGUUUGAACUUUGUAAUGAAAAAUUUCAUGGUUUUAGUGGAGGACUGUAUCAAAGUGUGGAGGAACUUAAGAGACAGGUUCCUUAAAGAGAAAAAAAAAAUCAAGUUCAGGAGCUGAGGCUCCAGAAAUAGUCUGGUCAUAUUUUGAGAGAAUGAUGUUUUAUGAAAAAUAUUCAAAACCACGCAAGUAAGUCUGGAUUUCUUAAUUAACCCAUUAAAGUGUGC